GAAGGGAGCGGGAUGGUGGCUUUUCCUUUCUCUCUGGAUACGCGCCCCGUUUAAACGUGCCCAGCUCCCUCAUGUAUCUCCAGAGCCUCAUGACUUGCCGUGGUUUUGCUGUAGGGUGCCUAGGAAAAAAGUUCUUUUGAAGUAAUGUUCAGAUUAGGAUACAGGGCUGGUUUCCAGUGAAGGAGGAAGUGAGAACUUUGAUUUUUGUCUUCCCUGGCUCUGUUGGCGAGUUGCGUCUUCCUUCGUUUUCUUUAUUUCCUGUUUUAACAAAGAAUCCUGGUGUUUGACAUCAGGCUGAAACUAGAAGGCAAUUUUUGGUGAUCAGUGGCUGUAAUGCAGAGUUCCUUGUUGUUGCUGACACGCGUUAGACAUGAAGAAGGUCCAGUACAGCACUGGUCAGCAUCCUUUUCCUUGCGGCAUGCUUUGGUAACGCUUGCUUCUAGUGUCAAAACUUUCAACUUUUUGUUACAGACAUGAACAAUGACUAUAGUUGACAAGGGAUCUGACUCUUCAAACCCCAUAUCUGGUCAGAAUCAAACUGGCAGCUCUGUGGGACCCCCUAAUGAAGAGAUGGACUCAGACUCUUCCAGCUGGGGCACUGUGUCAUCUCUGGACGUUCCAAACCACAGAAUCUCUUUGGGACCAGUACCUGGAGCUACAGAUUAUUCUAGUUCGCCUGUAUCUGAAAAACCCAAGCCUUCAGCUCAGAAAGAUCAAUCUGUUAACGAUGGCAUCGCUCCACCACAGAAGGUUCUUUUUCCAGCAGAGAAGAUUUGUCUGAAGUGGCAACAAUCCCAUAGAGUUGGAGCUGGUCUCCAGAACCUUGGCAAUACCUGUUUUCUCAACUCUAUCCUGCAAUGUUUGACUUACACGCCCCCUCUUGCCAAUUACAUGCUUUCCUAUGAACACUCCAAGACAUGUCAUGAGCAAGGAUUCUGCAUGAUGUGUAUAAUGCAAACUCACAUUAACCAAGCCCUCUCAAACUCUGGCAGUGUCAUUAAACCUAUGGCUGUUAUCAAUGAUCUUCGACGAAUAGCAAAACAUUUCCGUUUUGGAAAUCAGGAAGAUGCGCACGAAUUUCUACGUUACACUGUUGAUGCUAUGCAGAAAGCAUGUUUAAAUGGGAGCACCAAAUUGGACAGACCUACCCAGGCUACUACACUCAUCCAUCAAAUAUUUGGAGGCUAUCUUAGAUCUAGAGUAAAAUGUUCAAACUGCAAAGGAGUUUCUGAUACCUUUGAGCCAUACCUUGAUAUUGCAUUGGAGAUAAAGACUGCUCAGAGUGUAAGCAAAGCUCUAGAAUUGUUUGUGAAGCCUGAACAGCUAGAUGGUGAAAACUGUUACAAAUGUAGCAGGUGUAAAAAGACAGUUCCUGCUUCAAAAAGGUUUACAAUACAUCGAUCUUCUAAUGUGCUCACCAUAUCUCUGAAACGAUUUGCAAAUUUCAGUGGUGGAAAGAUUUCAAAGGAUGUAAAAUAUUCUGAGUUCCUGGAUCUUCGCCCAUUUAUGUCCCAACAAAAUGGAGAACCAGUUCUUUACACCCUGUAUGCAGUCUUAGUACAUACUGGUUUUAGCUGCCAUGCAGGACACUACUUCGCCUACAUAAAGAGUUGUAAUGCACAGUGGUACCAGAUGAAUGAUUCCAUUGUAGCCAUCACUGAUAUCAGAACUGUCCUGAAUCAGCAAGCUUACAUGCUUUUUUAUAUCAGGUCCUCUGAUGUGAAAAAUGGAGAACUCAUUUAUUCCAUUCCAGGACAGUCUUCUCCCCGUCCAGCUAUCAGUCAGCGGGUAGUUAAUAGCAAGCAAACUGUAUCAGGAUUUAUUGGACCACAGCUUCCUCCCCACCUGAUUAAGACUUCUGGCCAUUUAAAUGGAACUGGGUCACUAAAAGAAACUCCAAGCAGUUCUGUGGUGUGUGCUAGCAAUGUUACCCUAACCAGGCCAAAUUCGGCGCCUCCUUCAACUUCCAUUCAAAACUGGACAAUUAACAGACCCACUAUUCCUGAUCCUUCAAAAAAACAGAAGAUUACUAUCAGUAUUCACAACAAACUGCCUGCUCGCCAAAGCCUGGCCCAACCCAAUCUUCAUAACAGCUCUUUGGAGAGUCUGAGCAAGCCUGUUCCUUCAUCCACCAUUACUAAUUCCUCUGCAGUACAGUCUACCUCAAGUGCUUCUACAAUGUCAGUUGCUACUAAAGUACCUAAACAAUUGGCUACUAGUGAAGCUUGUUCUAAAGCAGUACUGAAUGGCAAGUCUAAGCUAAGCUCCAGCACAUUGGUCCCUUAUGGUGCAGAAUCUUCAGAAGAAUCUGAUGAAGAUUCAAAGGCAUUAGUUAAGGAGAAUGGACACAAGAAACCUGUAAAUGGAAUUUUGAUUGGAAGUGUAGCUAGUUCAUUGCAGAAUUCCUGUUCUUCCUAUCAAGAUGCUGAAAAGGAGGUACCCCAGCAUGAACUGCCAAAAACUGACAGAGUCAAUGGUGACAAAGUCAAUGGUGCUAUUUGUCUAGAUAAUAAUUCUAAAGACAAUGGUUUGAAACUUGAUGAUUCCACUUGCCAAACCAAGGCUCUUAAAACUACAGAGACUUUCUUUCCUAAAAUGAAUGGAUUGCAUGGAAAAAUGUGUGCAACUCUGCCUUCAGUCCCUGAAGAUAAAAUCUUAGAAUCAUUCAAAUUCAGCCAGGUGAAAACUUCAUCAGAGGAAAUAAGUAUAACUGGAACUGAAAAAACUGAUCGCAGUAUUCCCAACGAUUGCUGCAACAGCCAGAGUCCCUUUGCUGCAUCAGCUCCUGAGACCAUUUCUACCAAAGAAGGAAUUGUAGAGAAUACUGUGGCGAAAAAGGAGGAGGAUCAUUCUGACAUCAUUGAUCAGCAUAAAGCUAAGAAGAGAACCUUGGGCACUGAAGAGGAACAUGCUCUUGAGGAGCCUGCGGAUAAGGCAAGAGGACCAAAAGAAGCAAAGGUGAUGUUAAAGGAGACUCCUCUGCACAUCAAAGGGCCUGCUGAGACUGUAGAGAAACUGGGACAAAGCUCCCUCAUAAGGUCUGACAGUGAAUGUAAUUCCAAAAAACUUUCUACCUUAAACGUUAUAGACAAAUGCCAAGAAACAAAGCACAGUGCUAGUGACUAUUCAGAGGGACAGAGUGCUAUGGACUCUCCUACAAAACUGAGCAAGGUUCUAGAGAGCUAUUCUAAGGAAAAUGAGGGACUGAACGAUAAUGACAAACUUGGAGAAGACAAAGAAAGACAAAAACUUCAGACGCAUUCUCCAAGUAAAGAAAAGGUCUGCACCACCAAGAAGAUGGAGAGGGAGCACUACUGUAAAAAGAGACGGCACUCUGAAAACGAGGAGAAACUGGACAGUCGUGACUCCAGAAAGAGACGAACGUACAGCAGUGAGAGGGGGAAGCAAGAUCAUCACUACAAGAAGCACCAUGACAAUGGAAGCAAAUACAAACUCAUGCAUAAUGAAAGAAGCAGCAGAAGCUCAGGAAGAUAUCCUGAUUACAGAUCCCACAGCAGAGAACAAAACGAUAAGGAUGGGGGUUGGUGUUAUCUUCCUAAGAGAGACGGCUCUUGGAAUAGAGAGAGGUAUUACCAAGACAUCCCACGAAGGUGGGACAAAGGUAGAUAUUACUAUGAUUAUUAUCCUUUCCAUGCACCAAGAGACAAUCGAGAGAGAAAGUUCUCUCACGUGGACAGAGAGUAUGAGAAACCAAGCCACAUUUAUGACCCUAGGUCAUACAAGGACUAUUACUACAAGACGCGAUGGAUUCAUGAGCCAGCCACUAAGGAGAGAGAGAAACGCAACUUCAGCAGCUCCAAAGGAGACUUUCACCAUUGCCCAGCACCACCCCAGCAUUCUGAAAAGUAUUCCUCAGAGAAAAGUGCACCCACAGCUGGAGAAAACACUUCCAGUUUUGAGACUUCUUGCCUCAAAUACGAGGACGUAAAGGACAGAAAAAGAAGAUGCCCUAUUGGAGACUAGAGUGACAGUGAGGCAGAAAGGGAGCGCAAAAAGACCCUUCAGCGUGAGCCUUCGGAGGAGCAAAAGGUGAAAAAACACAAGAAAUCAAAGAAAAAGAAAAAGUCCAAAGACAAACACAGAGAGAAAGAUAGCAGGUAACCCAGAAAGAAUUUGUCGCUGUGGUUCAAGAAACUGUUUUAGCAAUUUUAUUUUGGGGUAUUUUCCUUUCUUCUCUUGCUUCCAAGUCCAUUGAAUUGUAGAAGUACUAUUAUGUACUAAUUAUCAGUUUUGGUUUUAAAGUUUUAAAAACUGCUGCCAGAUCUUUCUUCUGAGUGCUUCCUAAUUCUCCUAGAUAAACAGGAGAACUUUUCUAUAUGCACUUUUUUCAAACUGCUCCUUAUUUUAUAGACUGCAGUCAUAUUUCUUCUUCUGCCUAACAUCUCAGCCCAGCUGAAGAGACCUAAGCCUUUCCAUCCUCCUUUGUCUUUGUUACCAUUACUUGAACAUCACUCCACUGCUUUAAGCAGAGCAUCAAAGGAGUUAAGAAAAGAAGAUAUGGUUUCUUAUUUUGAGUUUGUUCUGCCAAAUUUUAAUAGAUUGUAGCCAAGUCUAGAUUUUUUUUUCUCUCUACAAAUGGUUAGAUGCCUUCUAAAUUUUCUGUUUUCUUGGUUUUGGGGGUGGG